AUGUCCUCGGCAAAACCUACCAUCCUAUUCAUCCCUGGAGCAUGGCAUAGCCCGGACGUCUUCGAUGACGUGCGUGCCUCCCUAGCAAUCCGUGGCUUUCCCAGCGUAGCUGUGGCGCUCCCAGCUAUCGGUGCAGAGCCUCCAUCCAAAGGGCUCGCUGACGAUACCAUUUUCGUGCAAAAUGAGAUUGAAAGAUUAUCUAACGAAGGCAAGCAAAUUGUAGUUGUUGCCCAUUCCUACGGUGGUAUGGUUGGAGCCGGUGCAGUCGAAGAUAUGGGAUAUGCAGAAAGGCAGAAGACCAAUAGGAAAGGUGGCGUUCUUAUGCUGGUAUAUCUGGCUGCCUUUGUCGCCAAAUCAGGCACUAGCCUACUAGACAUGCUCGGAGGAAAGUGGUUACCAUGGAUGCAACUUGAUGUGGGUAUUGUCUUUCUCCUAUUAUAUGCAUAUCGCAGCAUUGACAGCAUCUAG